CUUUCCCUUUAUUAAUUGUCAUGGCUUCCCCGGUUGGAGAUGGAGGGCUGCGGCCGCUCCAGAAAGCAAUGAAGCUGGCAAACCGUGCCAUAGAGCUGGAUACCGGGAACCAGCAUAAGGUGAGGAAGAAGACAAGGGGCACCAGCUGUGAUAAGCCUUGCAGCAUGUGACAUUCUAAUAUUAAUGGUGACAAGUCCUCCCCUGUUUGCUGUUUAUAUGUUCAUAUUACAGCCUGAUGGCCCUCUGUCACUAACUGUCUGUUAGGCAAGAACCAUAACCACUUCAAAACACUUACAUGGCCAUGGUGCUUGGGUUCUCCAUUUAACUAUUUGGCUGUUUGGGAUAUUAUUAUUAUUAUUAUUAAUAUUAUUAUUGUUAUUUAUAAAGCACCAACAAAUGCCGCAGCGUUGUACAAUAAUUUGCGAAUGUGCCUCCUAACAGAUGCGUUUAGUUCUUAUUUUGAUUAAUAUCGGUGCUUUGUAAGUUUUGCCAGAUCCUAUACUUUCCAUGGCAUUCGGAAUGCAAAAAGCACUGAUUUAUUUUUUUUGAUUUUUUUUAAACCAGACGCCUAACGCACAGGCCAAAUGGUGCGGAUUCAGUUGGGAAGACUAAACUGGUUUUGGCGUUCGUAAAAGUGAGAUUUAGCAGUCUGGUUGGAAUUCAGUCAUUUAUUGGGUUAUUCAUAAAACACGUGAUUUUGUCUGGUCUUAAGAAUAAUCACGGUGGAGGAUCUGGUCCCCCAGCUCCCACCUGUUGCCCAAGGGGAGAGGGGCGAGCUAACUAAUUAUACAAUUAUGGGGUUGGACAUGCCAUUUUCCAUCCCCCAUAUAGUGAUAUGUCUCACCAUCCCUUAUUCCCCUAGCCCAUGGGUUGUCAACCUGGUCCUGAUCGCCCACUAGUUGGAGGUUUGGGAUUUCAGGUGAUGGUGGUGGUGGGUUCUGCAGAAAGCGCCCGGUGUGCCUUGAUGGCCUUUCAUCUCCCCUGCCGGCCCAUUUAGAGCCGCCUUGCUGUAAGCCCUUUUGGGAUGGUGACCGGUCUGCUGGAAUUUAGUUCCAGCAGAGGGAGGGAAGAGCCUGUGAGGCUCUGUGUUCCUCCCGCGAGCAGACUGACUUGAGCGAUGCCCCGCGUUACCAUAGCAACGCUCUGAUACAGUGCUGUGCUCACAGGAGGACAGGAGAGUCACCCUGCAGUCGGAGGAGCUGCAGGCUAAAGUGAACAUGCUACCACAGGACCACCAGGGCUUGCAGCUUUAUGUCCCCCUUCUCCCACCUCCCCCGCCCUUGUUAAAGGUGAGAAGAAGGGAGGGGGAGACACUAAAGGGACACUGUAGGCACCCAGACCACUACAGUUCACUGAAGUGGUCUGGGUGCAAACUCCCAUCACUCUAAACCCAGCAAUCGUAAUUAUUGCAGUUUUUAUAAACUGCAAUAAUUACCUCUAAGGGUUAACUCUUUCCGGAAUUGAAGCUGACUUUUGGUCCGUUAUCUGACGCUGGACUUCCUCGCACCCUGCAUGAGGACUUCCAGCAUCAGAUUUUCCCCAUAGGAAAGCAUUGAAUACUAUUGCAAGCUAUUGCAAUGCUAUUGCAAGCGCAGCCAUUGCCAUGCAUGGGCGUUGGGUCUCCCCCGCCGACAGAUGUCAGCAGGGAGCAGCGUUUGCUGAGCAAGCGCUGAGCAACAUCCACGUUGGUCCCAGGUAAGUGACUGAAGGGGGAGGGGGCACUGACAAAGGGGAAUCUAUUGUGACAGGAAAACAAGUUUGUUUUCCUGGCACUAUAGAGUUUCUUUAAGAUAGAUUUUCACAUCUCACCUACCUACACACAGCAUAGACCCUAUCCACCCUUCAUACACACACAGACACACUGCCCCCUCACUGACUGAUUAGAUAAAACCAGUGCUCAAAGUUUUGCUGAACAUCUGUUAAAUUGAACUUUGUCAUUGAAGUGGUCUGAGUGCUUUGGGCCUGUUUUUUUUUUUUUUUGCCCUGCAGUGUAAAAAAUGUGAUACUUAGUAGAUAAAGAAAUGUGUUGAAUGCAGGGCUAAACAUAUGUCUAGUAGCUGUCUUCCUGACAGCCACUAAAGGUGCUUCCACACUCCUAACGCAGUAUGACUCGCUUAUGUGAUGUCCGACCUCAUGCAUUGCACGAGAACGUAGAACGUCCUCUAAUACUGAUCAUAGGGAAGAGAUUGGAUUGGCUAAUAAGGUAAUAAAGCGAUGCCUGUCGGAUGAUCUCGCAGGAGUUGUGUGUGGCAGCACCAAGUGAGUCUACGCACUGGAAAAAAGUUAAGUAAAAAUGAUCACAGGUAUCGAGGCACUUGGUGGAUCCACAAUGUCGGAAGAGAGCCCAAGCAUCCUCUUUUUGCCCUGCUCUGCGGUGGCCACUGGGGCAAUUCUAUUUGCAUAGUACAUUAUAAAGUGUCCAAGUGGCAUGCACCCUGGAACAUUAUACAAGGGAAAUGCAUCAACGUAUCUUCCAAAGAUCUCUACUAAUCCCUAAAAAAAAAAAAAAAAAAAAAUCUUUUUUGGAAGCUCUGUUCUUUGCACCUGGCAGUCAGCAUAGAGAAAACCUAAAGAGAAGAGGCAAAAUGAAAGAAUAUUUCUAUUUCUCCUGUUGAUUUGCAAUAUUUUCCCUGGGUUUUCGUUGUCAGAACUUGUUUUUGAUGUAAUUUGCUCAAUCUUUAAUAUAAAUUGAAAAGGACACCAAAUAUAACACAAGUUAUAGGUGAUUUUCAAUGUUUUAUUCAACAGUAUAAUUUCCAUACAAGUUAGAGUUUCCUUUUUAAGAUGAGGAAUGCUGCAAAUUUUCCUAACAAACAAAACCCGAUCAUACAAAGAUACAUUACAUGAUCCGACAGUGCCAGGAAAAUGGGUUUGUUUUCCUGGCACUGGAGAGUCCCUUUAAGAGCCCUUGUGGUUCUGUGUAGAGAUGUCGCGAACUGUCCGCCGAACUGUUCGCGAACUGUCCGCUGGCGAACAAUAGCGUGUUCGCGUUGGGCGAACAUAUCCAAUUUCCGGUCCGCCCCCUAUACGUCAUCAUUGAGUAAACUUUGACCCGGAACCUCACAGUCAGCAGACACUUCCUGGGAGGGAGGGUCUGCUGCUGAUUGGGUGGAAUGUGUCUGCUGGCUGUGAGGUUCCGGGUCAAAGUUUACUCAAUGAUGACGUAUAGGGGGCAGACCGGAAAUCGGACAGUUCGCGAACAGUUCUGUGUCAGAAAAUCCCUAUCUGUAUUUACAGAUCAUAUUAAAGGAACAUGGAGGUCACACAGACUGCUUCCUAUCAAUGAAGUGAUCUGGGCACAAUGGCUCUGCAAUGUAAAAUUAAAGUUUUUGUAGAAAAUUUAAUGUUUAUAUUGUAGGGUUAAACACUGCUCGUGGCUGUCUUCCUGACAGCCACUGGGUGAGCUUCCUCUGCAGUGAUGGAGUUUUAUUCGACAUCCAUCAGGAUUGGUUGGACUCGUCCCCUAUGAUUCUCUACCAGGAGCAUUAUAUUGAAAAAAGCUGGGAAUUGACGUCUCCUGGAUAAAGUUGCGGUAGGAGGAGUAGCAGACAGCAGCACCGUUUCUACACACAAAAUAUACAUUUCCUUGUAUUCUAUACUCAUUACAUAUAGAUAUAAAUAUAUGAAUGUACAUAUAAUGUUCUACAUAUAUUAAAAUAGGGGCUAUGGCAGAUGUACACAAUAGAAUUAGCAAAAAGUCUUUCUCCAGAAAUAAAGUUACUUAAUAAACAUUUCUUCAAAAUAAUUUUAGGGGAAUCUAAAGUUGGAAAGUGAAUCCAAAAAUGAUGGUGUUUUAAUCAGAGCGCUCAGAUAAAUUAAUUCAAAUAAGUUAUUUUAUUCAGUAAACGUGGUUUGUGCUCUCUACAUAUUCGCUUUCUGUCACACAUAAAGCCACUCUUAUUUAUACAUUUUUAAUGUCCCUAUUGUUAAUUAUGGAAAUAAGGUCACUACAAAUUCAUAAAACCUAAAGGAACCAACUAUCCAUCAGCGUUUCACAAAGUGGUUUCAAGACGGUUCCCUAAACUGAGAAUUGUUAGGAACUCAAAGUAAAUUCCAAAUUUUCUGCAAAACUAGCUGACCAUAGCUAAGUUGGAUCAUGGUUCCAGCUUGACUGUUGUGGCCUAAACUGUAAAGCCCUGACUUUCUGAGUAACUGUUACUUAUUUUAAUCCCUUAAGCACCAAGACGCUUUUGUGACCAAGGUCUUUGCUGGACGUUUGUGUUCGGGUUCAUUAGUUCUGCCCGAUGUUUUAUGGGUGGUGUUAUCCCCUCAAACAAGAACUCAAUUUAGUCAUUUCUGUUUUAAAUGCGCCGAUACAUAUUCUAUAUAAUUGUUAAAUGAGAAAUUGAGCUUUCCUUUGAUAACCUAUUUGUGUACAUAACACAACAUUAAAUAUAAAUGAAAUAUUUUUUGAAAUGCAGAGAAAUUUUUUUUUGUCGUCGCCCCCCCAUACCCUCCCCUGUGUUUUACAUUUUCAUAAUUUCUACUCGAGCAAUUAAAGACAAUAACUCAAAAUAAAUUCACUAAUUGGUCCUGAAUGUUAAAAAGCUCUAUGUCUACGAUUCCAGUUAAAUUUUGGGAGUUGGGUGGGUGGGGGGGGACGAUUCCAUAAUUGGAGUAAAUUGUGGUUUUAAAGCUAAACGUUUGGCAUGCUCAUAUUACAUUCAUAGUAGUCCAGUUAAAACCACCUUUGGCACUAUCCGACCUAAAGGGAUUUAAAGAGCAGCACUAAUCUGUCGGUCUGGGGACAAUUGUAAUCCCGGAUAGGAGAGGGUACCCUCGAGUAUUGAAUGAUACCUCGGGCUUUCUUGUACCUAUACCAGUAAGGAUAUAGCACUGCUGCCUUUUUAAACACAUAAAAGUUUAUGCCAUCACCGUGGGGGUUAAAGCCUUGUACUGCAUGACCUCAUAGACCGUCAUGCAAUCCUCAAGAAUUCAUUUUUAUUAUUUUUUCCCUUUUACAUUUCUAAAUAGCACACUUUGGCACUAGUGUUGUUUGUGGGUCACAUAUCCCUUGAUUCUCAACAAGCCCCUUGGCAACGAAAAUCAGACUGCCAAUGUUAACCACUCUGCACCAAAGUAUGUUCCUCAUAAUAUUUUCCUUGUAAAUAUCCCUGUUUUUCCUGAGUUAAGAUGGAAUCUUUGAAAACCUAUUGGGGCAUAUUUUUCCCUAAUUGAGCAUGUACCCCUAGUACAGUAUAGAGGAGGAAUGCAUUUAGCUCUGUGUAUGUGCCUCGAUCCUAAAAUGAAUUAUCAGAGCUGUUGCGUUGUAAAGAUCAGAAUCCAUAUGUUCACAGUAAUUUGACGCCAUGUUUGUUUCAGGAGGCCUACAUGGAAUACCUGAAAAGUGUGAGUUACAUUUCUCAUUGUCUCCUGGAAGAAGCUGAGCAGAAAGGUAACAUAUGUUUGUGCCUUAAACCUACCCACUGUCUGCAUUGCAAGUGCUCCCUGUAACCAGCACAGUCAGUCUGUCACUGUCUGCAUUGCGAGUGCUCUCUGUAACCAGCACAGUCAGUCUGUCACUGUUUGCAUUGCAUGUGCUCCUUGUAACCAGCACAGUCAGUCUGUCACUGUCUGCAUUGCGAGUGCUCUCUGUAACCAGCACAGUCAGUCUGUCACUGUUUGCAUUGCAUGUGCUCCUUGUAACCAGCACAGUCAGUCUGUCACUGUCUGCAUUGCGAGUGCUCUCUGUAACCAGCACAGUCAGUCUGUCACUGUUUGCAUUGCAUGUGCUCCUUGUAACCAGCACAGUCAGUCUGUCACUGUCUGUGCUGGUUACAGAGAGCACUCGCAAUGCAGACAGUGACAGACUGACUGUGCUGGUUACAGGGAGCACAUGCAAUGCAGACCGUGACAGACUGACUGUGCUGGUUACAGGGAGCACAUUCAAUGCAGACCGUCUGUCACGGUUUGCAUUGUGUGUGCUUCCUGUAACCAGCACAGUCAGUCUGUCACGGUGUGCGUUAUGUGUGCUGCUUGUAACCAGCACAGUCACUGCCUGUCAAUGUUUGCAUUAUGUGUACUCCUUGUAACCAGCACAGUCAGUCUGUCACAGUUUGUAUUUUGUGUGCUCCUUGUAACCAGCACUGUCACUGUUUGCAUUGUGUGUGCUCACUGUAAGCAACACAAUCACUGUAUCCCUGCCCUCUCACCAAAUGAAUAAGGAGCAGCGCACACACAAAAAUACCAUUUAACAUUUUACAAGGCUACUUGAAAUCUUCUCUCAAUAAACAAAUACGAGGAUUCAAAGAAAAACAAGUUACCUGCGCUCUCUCCUUAAUCCCUAUAUAUUUUUAAACAAAUGGAGGUUUUAUAGUUACCUCCAAUGGCCAUGAGAGGAUAAGCCCACCUGCCAACGUCAAGGCAGACCCCCCCCAGGUGGGUCCUAACUCUAACCAUUCACCUUGCUUCCUUGAGCUUCGGGCAAAGAUCUCUAAUGAGACAGAAAGGGGUAUUUUUUAUAUACACCCCGAAAUAUUAUUAACCCUUAAUAGGGAACACAUGGGAUGGGCGGCUGCAUUGUAACAAGGCUGAGUGACACAAAAAAUGGAUACAAAUGCAGAAAGAUAAGUCCUGCGCUCACUCCCAUCACUACUGGGAGGCAGCAAAGACUACAGUACACAUCAGCCCCAAUAUAUAGUAAAAACCAAAGAAAAACAAGUUACAUGCGCUCUCUCCUUAAUCCCUAUGUAUUUUUAAACAAAUGGAGGUUUUUUAGUUACCUCCAAUUGCCAUGAGAGGAUAAGCCCACCUGCCAACGUCAAGGCAGAUAUGAGGAUUCAGUUAAGAAAAUAUCAACAUAUUGUGUUAAGCCCACCGCUAUUUCACAGUACCCCAAUAUGGAUGGGUCUUACACUGUGGCUUAUUUAGCACUAUUUAAUUUGUCUCUCACAUUGGAAUUAGUUUAGGACCCAUCAAUAUUGGGGUAUUGUGAAGUAGUGGUGGGCUUAACACAAUAUGGCCAUAUGGUGGAACUGAAUCCCCAUAUUUUGUUUACUGAGCGGUGAUUUUUAUGGAGCCUUCUUAGCAUUCUAGGAAGCUAGUCCAUUUAGCCAGUUUGCAUAGUUAAAGUGUUUACCCUUGUUUAGUUAUCUUCCUCUGGGACAUGUCAUUUGCCUAAUGAUUUGCCUUAAGCAAAUGACAUGUUUAUUUUCACCUAUGCCAUCCUGCCAGUGUAUCAUUUUACCAAUGCCCUUCUGAAAUGCAGAAUAUUAGAACGUACUGGAGAGACAGUCUGACAUACUAAGUCCAACACUUAUUCCAUCUUCUUGGUUUGUAUAUUCCCUCAUUUCUGAGUGUAUCUCUUUCUUCUCCUUCUGUGGACAGCUGACAGUGAAUUAUUGGCAUCGGAUUCCCAGAAGCUGCUGAAACUGGCAGGACAAUGUCUAGAGCGAGCACGGACAACCGCAGAAAAACUGGGUCAGUUCUAACUCGUGUGUAGUGUGAACUACUAGCAUGGAAAACGUGGCAUGUUCUUUGCCACAUAGAAGUUUAAUCACUUUGUUUGUUCAGCCCUAUGGAUGGCGGGCUUGCAAAAUAGACCUUGAUUACGUUUGACAGCACGCUGCCCACAAAUGUCCCUUUUGCACAGAAUCGGUAUUCGACAGCAGGAACAGAGUUCUGGGCUGUCUAAGUUCUAUGAGCUAGGGGAACAAUUAGCCCCAGGCACAAAAAAAUCUCAGCACACCCAUAGUUUCAGGUAGAAACACUACACAUAUAGACUCCUACCACCAUGACCACUUCUAAAAGCUGUAGUGAUCAUAGUGGUUGGAGUAAUUAAUAAAUAUCAACGUUUCUAUAAAUAUAAAUAAAUAUUUUGAAUGUUGCAAAAUAAAUCUUCCAAAACAAUAUUUAUGCUUAUCGGGCUAUGUGAAGGGUCCCACUCCCGUGGCGCUGAAGGGGGAGGAAAGGGUUAAUCCCUUACCUUUUUUUUUCCAGCGCCGGGCUCCCUUGGUGCUGGGACUCUCCUCCCUCUUCUUCCGUCAUCGUCUGAAUGCGCAUGCGCAGCAAGAGCCGCGCGCACAUUCAGCCAGUCUCAUAGGAAAAUCACAGUGAGACGUGCGGAAGCACCUCUAGCGGCUGUCAAUGAGACAGCCACUAGAGGCUGGAUUAACCCAUAGGUAAACAUAGCAGUUUCUCUGAAACUGCUAUGUUUACUGCAAAAAGGGUUAAACCUUGCUGGACCUGGCCUAUAGUGGUCCUUUAAUUUAGUGCUAAUUAACUUUCCAUGUAUCAAAAUAACAAAUGUUACAAGUGUAAUAGCCACAAAUGCACCAAAUGAUCCUGCUCCAAUAGUAUAAAGUUUGUGAUGGCCAGCACAAAUGGUUUAAGGGAAUACCCUUCACUGAAUCAAAUCCAUGCAUUGGACAAAACAUACUAGAAUGGAUUAAGUGAAUCAAUGCUUUAUAGUUACACAACUAAAAGCUGCCUCAUUGUUCUCCUAUAGACUCCUAGUAAUGAGUACCGGUAAUUAGUAGAUCGGAUUCCUAAAGCCCUCUUGUAACAUGCUACAACAAGGGUUUAUAACUUGGUCAUUGAAGAUGCACUUCACAGUGGCCUACUAUACUGAGUAGCUAAUCACCCAAGGCUUCAAAAUUAGCCGCUGUAUUGCAGUCUAUACCUCAGGCAUGGAUCACGCGUUCAUCAAGUGCUUACUAUACUAAGAUUCACAAUGUGCCCUAUCACAUAAAUCUAACAAUAUUUAAAUAAAGGUGAUAUUUUUAAGUAAGGCAAUCCCUUGAAGAAUUUCUCUCCUGUAGGUAUAUGUGUGUAUAUGUGUGUGUAUGUAUGUGUGUGUAUAUUUUUAUAUAUAAAUUUUAAUGUGGGCCAUCUCCCCUAAUUUUGCCCUAUUUACCACUUUUAUAGCAGCAUUUUGGCAAUCUCUUGUUGGUUUUUUUUUUUUUUGGGUUUUUUUUCAUGGAGGCCAUGUUGGUCAGUAGCAGGGUGACUAGGGUUGCAGAAACAACGUGAUUUAACUCCUAAAUAGCAGAUAAUUGAGCAGUGGGACUGCAGGGUCAUAAUCUAUACACCAAAACUGCUUCAUUGUCUAAAUGUGUUUUGGUGUUAACAGUGUCCCUUUAAAAAGUAAAGUACCAGAAAUAAUGUAAAUGCUACAGUUAUUUGGGACUGAUCUCUUGUUGUAACAGUUAAACACAUAAUACUAAAAAUAGUUGCAGACUUUGUAUACUCCCUUGUUAUUCAAUCCAUUUUUUCUAUUUAAAAUUAGUUUUACAUAGCUUUGCGAUUUCAUUUACUGGUUUAGCAUGGGGUCUGUUCAGUUAUGUAAAUGUGGUUACAUAAUGCUUACACCCAGCACAGUGCCAGAUUCUAAAAUGACCCAGCUCAAUGCAAAUUCAAAGAUUUAUUAACAUAAGACAAAACCCUUUCUAUAAUGUUUAUAAUGAACCUCCACUAAAAACGUGUAUUCUGUUUUUAAAUACUAUUAACAGAGCACCUUGGUGGGGUUGAGGAGUCCAAGAUCCUGGAGACUGGUUCCUGUACACACACAUUAUGCAGAUUUUCAUUUUAACUGAAGGGUUAAUUUAAAUACAAUGAUGUCUAAAGGGGAAUAUACAUGCUAAUAAGUGUCCUAUUUUAAAUAUGAAGGAACAUUAAGUGUGAGUAAUACAGCACCAAAGAUGUGUUUGUCAUGUAUACAAUUUGUGUGAAUUGCAUUUUUUUAAUAGAUGAAAGCUCAUAUCUCUAUAAUUAUAUAUCUCAAUCCCAGCAAUGUAUGUUCCUUUAGCUGUCUCAUCAGAUGCACAUGUAAAGAAAAACAAUAACAGAAAUAUAGGUUAAUAUUGCAAUAAAAGUGUUCACAAUGGUCAUACUCGCAUAUAUGGGAACUUAUAAAGAAGCACUUUAUACCCCCUUUCUCUCCCAAUGGGAGACUCGCAGGCGAUCAGGAGCAUGCUAAAUAAUGGUGAAAUAAGACGAUCUAAGUGCAGAUUAUCCCCAUGUUUAAUGUAUAGUGUCAAAUCAUUGAAUAUACACUUGCAUGCAUGGGAAUAUCGCGGUAAUAAUAAAGGUGUUGUGUUUAUAAACAGGUGACUCCACCUGUGAGGCUAAUAGAAUGCCUCUAGACAUAUAGCCCUUUGCACCCAAAAUAACCCCUGUUUUGAUUUGACAAAUCAUGGUGUAUUAUUCAGCCCAGGAUGAUACAGUAACAGACCUGAGUGUUAUAUGUAGCACAGUAUAUGGGGUUUUGCAAUAGACUGAUACAGUUUAACCAUUGCUUAGUGUAUCCUAUGUUUGUUUGAAUCUUGGUACAGGCACAACCAACCUGGAUAAUGUUUCACCUGCUACCCAUAUCUCCAACGUCCCUGAUCCACCACCUCCUCCUCCCCUUCCUCCCCCUAAGAACUCUAGCGUUGACCCUGUUGUUUCCAAAUCUUCCCAUUUCCCGCGGGGACGUUCAUUUGGACACCGCAGGGCCUGCUCCGAUGAGGUACAGAAGCUCGGCCCUUUCCCAACACCAGAGAUUUUUCAAAAGUUACAGGCAAAUGAGGCUCGAAAACCUAAGAAGGCGCUCACACCUCUGGAAGAGGCUUCUUUACAGAACCAGAAGUUGAGGGCAUCCUACGAGGCCCGGCUAUCAAGACUUAACCCAAACCAGGCCUCGCAGAAAACCUCACUGGCAAGUGUCAAAGGGACCUGGGUAAAGGGGAGAAAAAAAAAUAUUCAAAAUCACACAGUAAAACAGGUUCAGAAAAUGAGACCAUUGAGCAACUUCUAUAGAUGAACUCCGAUAUAACCAGUAAUGGAGAUGCACACGUUUGCAUCAUUUGGAACUGGAACAUGUAAUUGCAAGUUACUCAUACAGCGCCUGAUGUUUUGAUCAAAAAGUACAGACUGUUUUGGUUUAACAUUGUAGCAACCCAUAUCCCUCCUGUAUGCAUGCCAGUAUUAUUACAGUACCCCCAUAUCACUGACAGUAUAGCAUUAUUACAGUAUAUCGUGACAUUACUCCCAUAUCCCUCUCAGUAUAGCAUUAUUACCGUACCCCCAUAUUCCUCUGUCAGUAUAGCGUUAUUACAUUACUCCCAUAUCCCUCUCAGUAUAGCAUUAUUUCAGUACUCCCAUAUCCCUCUCAGUAUAGCAUUAUUACAGUACCCCCAUAUCCCUCUGUCAGUAUAGCGUUAUUACAUUACUCCCAUAUCCCUCUCAGUAUAGCGUUAUUACAUUACUCCCAUAUCCCUCUCAGUAUAGCAUUAUUACAGUACCCCCGUAUCCCUCUGCCAGUAUAGCAUUAUUACAGUACCCCCAUAACCCUCUGUCAGUAUAGCAUUAUUAGAGUACCCCCAAAUCCCUCUGUCAGUAUAGUGUUAUUACAGUACCCCCAUAUCCCUCUGUCAGUAUAGCAUUAUUACAGUACCCCCAUAACCCUCUGUCAGUAUAGCAUUAUUAGAGUACCCCCAAAUCCCUCUGUCAGUAUAGUGUUAUUACAGUACCCCCAUAUCCCUCUGUCAGUAUAGCAUUAUUACAGUACCCCCAUAACCCUCUGUCAGUAUAGCAUUAUUAGAGUACCCCCAAAUCCCUCUGUCAGUAUAGUGUUAUUACAGUACCCCCAUAUCCCUCUGUCAGUAUAGCAUUAUUACAGUACCCCCAUGUUAAGACCUGCAGUGGUUAUGGUACUGCGGUCUUCUAUUCUUUUCCCCAAUAGCUGAGCAUAAGUGAUUAUAACUGCAGUUAGGAGAUAGAGGAAUAGGAUAGAUGAAUGCAGCUUCCAAGAUGAUUCUCCCCAGCAAAUAGAAUAUUCCCCAAACAUGAGCCUAGACUUCAUGAAGGGUGUAACAGGAAUGAUUUUUAUUGAUGACACACUGGCUUUUAUGAGAAAUCCUCCUGCAAGAUGACCUCCCACAGCAAACAAAGACAAUAACCAAUCAACAUACAGAUUUACAGUAACCCCCGUCCUCUCUCUGCCUGGGAGAUAUUGAGAUAAGUUAAGGAAUAACCCAGUUAUCCCCAGGCAGAGUGCACACAAUUUUCCCAAACGUUAGAACACCCUUUCCACAUAAGGUAUCCUCACAAAUUACAUAUCCCCUGAUAGCAUUAUUACAGUACCCCCAUAUCCCUCUGUCAGUAUAGCGUUAUUACAGUACCCCCAUAUCACUGUCAGUAUAGCGUUAUUACAGUACCCCCAAAUCCCUCUGUCAGUAUAGCGUUAUUACAGUACCCCCAUAUCCCUCUGUCAGUAUAGCGUUAUUACAGUACCCCCAUAUCACUGUCAGUAUAGCGUUAUUACAGUACCCCCAUAUCCCUCUGUCAGUAUAACGUUAUUACAGUACCCCCAUAUCCCUCUGUCAGUAUAGCAUUAUUACAGUACCCCCAUAUCCCUCUCAGUAUAGCAUUAUUACAGUACCCCCAUAUCCCUCUCAGUAUAGCAUUAUUACCGUACCCCCAUAACCCUCUGUCAGUAUAGCGUUAUUACAGUACCCCCAUAUCCCUCUGUCAGUAUAGCAUUAUUACAGUACCCCCAUAUCCCUCUGUCAGUAUAGCGUUAUUACAGUACCCCCAAAUCCCUCUGUCAGUAUAGCGUUAUUACAGUACCCCCAUAUCCCUCUCAGUAUAUCAUUAUUACAGUACCCCCAUAUCCCUCUGUCAGUAUAGCGUUAUUACAGUACCCCCAAAUCCCUCUGUCAGUAUAGCGUUAUUACAGUACCCCCAUAUCCCUCUGUCAGUAUAGCGUUAUUACCGUACCCCCAUAUCCCUCUGUCAGUAUAGCAUUAUUACAGUACCCCCAUAACCCUCUGUCAGUAUAGCAUUAUUACCGUACCCCCAUAACCCUCUGUCAGUAUAGCAUUAUUACCGUACCCCCAUAACCCUCUGUCAGUAUAGCGUUAUUACCGUACCCCCAUAACCCUCUGUCAGUAUAGCGUUAUUACAGUACCCCCAGAAGUCAGAACAUCAUCCGGGUUUUCUUUUUGUGAUCGUUUUUUUUUGGGGGGGUUUUUUGUGCCUGGGGGGGUCUUUUUUCACAUGUUUCUCUCUCUUAUAGACACUUUCCCUCCAGCGUCAAAUAAUGGAAAAUGUGGUGAUUGCCAAGGCCAAAGAAGCAGCUGUAUCCUUUAAUUACUAGUAAUAGUAAUUCAAUUAAUAUAAUUUUACCUAGCUGGGAGGUGUGACUGGGUGUCCAUUGUGUUCCAAAACUGUUUUAAGCAAAUCCAUUUAAAUGUAGAUAACGUAUUGUCCGGCACCUUCACACUUAACACUGUUAAGGUCUAAUAGAAAUGCUAAUUCCUUACCUCCGCCUCCCAGCUGCAAAGGAAGGCCCAAGAGAGACGUAUAAGACUCCAGGAAGAAUCAUACAGGUAUUUGUGAGUUUGCUGUUGGUGAGCUAGCAUGGCGAUCUUUACUGUGUGCUUCCAAUUUCUCUGCAGGCUUUUCUCGAAGUCUUCAAAGUUGACUAAGGAGGAAGAAGAGCAACGAGCCCUCCACUCCGCUAUUCUGGAAUUUGAUCACGAUCAUGUAAGUACAUCACAUGAAACCUUGUGUAGGAUUGUUAUACUUAAACAAUAUUUGUAGCAACUGUCUUGUCUUAAAGGGAAACUCUCUACAAUACAUCCAUCACCUCUUUGGCUGAAAAAAAACUAAAAAACUAUUGUUUCUUAAUCCUAAAUCUAUUUACAGAGGUUUCUUGUCUUGCAUGGGAUGUAUUCCUGUUAAACUAGCUUCCCCCACCUGCUCUGUAACGCAGGACAAAAUCUAAAAUUCUAGAUAGCCCGUAUGUAAGUUCCAAAAGUCAUUUUCAUUUCAGACAGUUUCCCUUUAAAUGUACACGAGCAAUGUUUGUGCAUGUAUCUGAUUUAUUUACAUGGUUAUUCAAGUGGGAAUGUUCAGGAAUUGAAAGUAUAUUUUUAAAUUCGGCCAAAUUAGCAGAACUAAAAACUGUAGCUGGUUUAAAAAAUGUUUUAGAUUUUGGAUAUUUUUGCCUUAAAAUGUAAACUUCACUAGAACUUCCUUACAAUUCACACAGUAGUGCAUCACCCUGUCAUGUUAUGAUUCUCUUGCAGAAAACAUUCUACAUUGUUUUGUUUUUGUACUCAUUUAUUUUUAUAUGAUAUAUAUUUUUUUUAUUUUUUUCUGUUAUCACAGGAGUGGUCAAGAACCUGCAGGAUUCAGCUGAAAUCCAACCCCAAGGACACUGACCUGUUCUCUUCAUUCAUGUAUCAGAUUCUCAGGUACAGUACUGAAUGGUUUGCGGCAGGGAAAUUAUUCACUGUUGUUGGGAGCGAUGCACUACAUUGAGACCUCGGUGUGCGUUCUUUCACCUAGAGUCUGUCUGCAGAUACCCCAGCCUGUGCUUGUCUCUGAGUGAAGUGCAGACUUCAUAUAUUGCUUCUGUACCUUCUGCUGAGGGGGGUGGUGGCCGCCAUACACCAACACUCUCUGUGGUUUUGCCAUCACAGCCUGGAAAUAAUUUACAGUAAUUGGCACACAGACACCACAAGGAUCCACCGUGGUGGUGGUGGUGGUGGUGUUUGAUUAAUUAGAAGGACGUGGAAAGGUUUAUGGCAGCCUGUGCUAGGUUGAGGGGUUGUGAGAAAGAUAACCAAGUAUGCCAUUCCUAUGACCUUAGUGUUGCCUUCUGUAAUAGAGAAACUGAUAAUUAACUUGGAAUAUGGCAGGGCUCAGACUUGAUGGGAAUAAUGAAAUGGGUUAAGGAAUGAAGUUUGGGUGGGAAUAAGCAGUGUAAUUCUGUGCUAGGUAAACCUAUAUUUCCAGUGUGCAUGCUCACCCUGUUUGUUUUUUUUUAUUAUGACAGCUAUUCUGAUCAUCCCAUUACCCAACUGGUUGGACGUUAUCAGUACCAGAUAUAUGAACGGCUAUACCCAAUCAUCAUCAUGAACGAAGACUCCCACCAAACCGAGAACUUUUCCAAACUUUACCCGAGCUCUUUUCCAACUGAAGGUUUUCAUUUGCUAGAUACGGACGUUCCACCUCUGAAAUCCUCCCUAAGUCUGCAGUUCAUCCCCAGCUCCCCAGCUCCUUCGCUCACACACAGCUUCUCUUUAGGAGAAAAGUUUGAGUUCCACGAACUCUCUGUGGGUAGCCACAAACAAUCCGAGCACGGGGAGAGUGAAAUUGAGACCUCUUUUGAAGAUUUGGAAGAUUUUUUGCCACCCAAGGACAUGCUGAGGUUAUCACCGCAAGAACGCCUGCGUGCCAUGGUGAAGGAGAUCUGCAAUGCUAGAGGUGAGAUAUUAAUCAGGGUAAACAUGUGUGCAAAGGGUUUUUAAAUCUGUACAUAUGUCAGAAUAAUCCAAUAUGGAGCAACAAUGCCAUGUUUAUUGAGAGGUCUAUUUACAAAGCAAAGAGGAACGAUCACUUCCUGACUUUUAACUAACUUGGUUAUAUAUUGUUUGUUUGUGCCAAAAUAAGUUGAUACAUCCUUAUCUCUCUUUAUAUUUUUACUUGCAAACUUUGCCAACCAAGGCUGAGAAAACAUGUAAAUUGGUUAACUCUUGCACUGCUAGAGAGUGUGCUGAACACACGUACGCAUGCAGAAUUUAUCUGUAAUAUGCUGGUGACAUGUACCUUGGGCAGUAAAGGACAGCAGAGCCCCUGGAAUUACACCAGAGCUAAGCGUGAUGCUUGGGUGGCUAUUUUCAGACUAAAUUCAAAUUACAAGUGUAAUACAUAGUUUAGCCACAAGAUGCCGCAAAAGGACUAAUAGGAAAAAAUGUAUAUUGCAGCGAAUGGCUCUGCAGUCUGAGUUAGAGUUAUAAAAUAUCUCAUGAGGAGUUGCUCCUCAAAAAACUUUUUUAUAACUAAGAAUAACUUAAAAUAAUAUGUGUGUGCAUAUAUGUAGAGUAACAGAUGAAAUAUGUUUUGUACCUCCGGUGCCCUCUGAUGUGUCUGAGACCUUUUUAUAGGAGUGAUAUUUAGACUGCAGCAUUUACCAGCUUUCGAUUAAUAUGAUUAUUCUAUUAGUUUUUUACCACGCAUCCAGUCUGUGUUCUAUUUUCCAUUUGGACUUCCCACUGGAACCAUAACUGAAGCAGCAAUUACACUCUACCAUAGCUGUACCAGUUUUUACCAGCAUGGGGCGCUGUUAUGAGGGUGAUCCCGUAACUUCCACAAAUUGCUCCUUGGGCUAAUGUUUCCUUGUUAGCCUGAGCAGCUCAGAGGGGAUGGUUCAGAAACCGUUCAACACUAAAAGGACAGCACCGGGUAACCUCCAGACACUAUAACCACUUCAGUCAUAUGAAAUGGCUAGAGUGCGGGGAUAGACACCAGGGGGCUGCAGUGACUUUGGCUUCCAAGACUGUGACUAAAGUGAGAAUUCAAAGUGAAUUUCAAAUUUAAGGUGAAAAUAGCCGAACUGGAAAAAGUCUGUAAGUCCGUUAUGUUUCCAGUUUGGGUACUCUGGCCUUACAUUUGAAAUUCACUUUGAAUUCCCUGAUUUGAUCAUUUAUCCACGGUGUGUGAGUAAUCCAAGUGUCAUGCUUAGAAAAGUAGUGUAAAGUUACAUACUUGGUGCAGUCUCCAUGGAAAUCAAUGGAAUCAGCAGGUACAUUUUAAUUUGAACAGAGGAGCCACAAAUGUCACUAGGCUGUUAAGAAAACUCAAAGAAAACAAAAAAAAAAAUCAACACAAAUACUAGAGAUUUGUAUCAUUCUCUGGGAUGUAGAACAAACAAUGUAGCGCAAUAUGUUUCUGGUGUGUCCCAUCAAUAGUCAUAUUCUGUAUUGUGUUUUCCACAGAUGAGAUGCUGUCAUUGGUGAUUGUGUCUCUUGAUCUGUCUGACGUUCCUGACAUUCGGAGCUUGUGUAUAGUGUGCUUGGAUGAGAGCUUCUUCUCCCUGCUGUGGUCACCGAUAAUUGCUCUAUACAGGUAAGGAUCCCAUAUUGUUCAUGUACUAUUCAUCAUCAUUUGCACGUCUCGAUUCCUCCUCACGACUGCCUAACAUGCCGAGCAGUGUGCCCCCCAACUGCCUAACAUGCAGAGCUGUUCCGGCCCCCCCCCCACCAACUGCCUAACAUGCGGAACAGUGUGCCACCCCCCCGACUGCCUAAGAUGCGGAACUGUUCUGCCCCCGCCCCCCAACUUCCUAACAUGCGGAGCAGUUUGCCUCUGCCCCCCUCCAACUUCCUAACAUGUGGAGCACUGUAAUAACUAAAAUGUUUUGUAUUUUAUCAUAUUCUGAGCUCCUGCUAAGCGGUGUCCCUGGUAUUCACUCACAUUACUCUCAGACAGGUAUAUGGUCAUCGAGAGGAAUCUAUGCUCAAGAAUAUGGAUCUAUAUGCCUCUUGUCAUCCAUCUGUGGUUGGAGUCUCCACGACCUUUUACCCCGACGACAUCAAGGAGCCCUACAAACCUGUAGCAGAUGAGUUGGAUCGUUUAAUCGAUCUCCAUAAUCCCCAGAGAAAGAUUGAGUGUGUUGGUAAGUAUUGUGUUUAACCCCUUUACUUCCAGGGUUUAUAAUGUAGUUCUGAUUCUUUUCUGCCGUUAUGAUUAACCAGUUCACUGCUGGGGUUGCAGUAGAGAGGAACAACUAUACUAAAGCAAUCAUCAUGGAAACCAGUGGAAAUAUAUCUUCAUACUAAAGAUAGUCAAGAAAGUAGGUGACAGAUUCCCCCAGCUGUUAUUAAAUAAAAAUGAUCUAUUGUCACUAUAGGAGCUCUAGAACUGCAAGAGCUAGAGAUCUGCCCGUUUGACAUAUUUUAGGCUAAAUCCCAACAAUUUGGGGAAUCAUUGGGUUAUUGUGUCCUGACUAAAUACACCUCUAUAUUUUCCAGUGGCCGCCUUGCGUCUGAUCGUUAACCUUGCAGAGAAGUACAGCCCAAAACAUAGCUCCUCUCCUAUGUGAGUAUAUUCACUUCAAUGUAACAUAUUUAUACAGAGUCAGGAAUCCAUCGUUUCUAUCGUACACUUUCCCAUCUUGUUCUUUCUUUUCCUCCCUCCCCUUGCUCUGUCCAUCUGUAUUUCAGUGUCUUCCUUGGUCGCUCUCCCUCCUCUUAUUUUGACAGCACAGGUUGCUGGGUACAUGAUGUUUAUUGGGUACAGAUCUAAAGCCCCCGCAGGGAACGUGGCUGAUUGAUGAAAUGUGACAAGCGCAAGCAGAGCACGGCCUGUCCUGCAGAUCGCAGGAGGCUGCCAUACUCCACAGAGCAACAGCUACUCUGUACAGCGGCUGUCUGCUCUAAUUAGCAUAGAAGCAGGGAGCGGGGCGGGCGCUCUGGAGACAUGUGAGGGAGAAAUUGAGCAGAGAAUGGGUUGAGGAGCAGACAGCGAAUUGAAAAACCAGACAGGUGGACAAGAAAUCAUGGGAGAGAGAGAACAUUAGGAAGGGCAAGGAGCCAGGAAAGGGCAGACUGUGGUAAACAGAGCACAAAGGAGAUGUGUCAGACCGCAGGGACGAACGUGGACCUUCUUAGUUUGGUGGGAGUAGAACAGGUAAUAACAAAAUAGGAUAGAUGGAGAGAUUUCAGUGAGGGCUGAGAGCAGGAGGGAGCUGUCGUGGAAAGCACAUCAUGAUAUUAGAGAAAGCAGUUAGCAGGACCUGAUGUACUAGAGAGCAGACUUCUCUGGGAGAGGUGGGGGGGGGGGAAGGGUGAGAACAUUCCAGGAGAUUAGAGGAGGUGAGAGAGCAGGGAGGGUGAGGGCUGACCUGGAGAUGUGAAAGGAAAAUGGGUUUAUAGAAGAAUGGAGGAAACAGUGAGCUUGCCUUUAGCAUAGAGCGACGAAACUGAGAGUAGGGGCAUAGAGCGACGGGACGGAGCAUGCAGGGGCAGAGUGCGACGGGACGGAGCGUGCAGGGGCAGAGUGCGACGGGACGGAGCGUGCAGGGGCAGAGUGCGACGGGACGGAGCGUGCAGGGGCAGAGUGCGACGGGACGGAGCGUGCAGGGGCAGAGUGCGACGGGACGGAGCGUGCAGGGGCAGAGUGCGACGGGACGGAGCGUGCAGGGGCAGAGUGCGACGGGACGGAGCGUGCAGGGGCAGAGUGCGACGGGACGGAGCGUGCAGGGGCAUAGAGCGACGGGACGGAGCGUGCAGGGGCAAAGAGCGACGAGACAGGGCGGCAGAAUAGGGGCAAAGAGCGGCGGGGCGGCGAGAGCAGGGGGAUAGCACAAAAAGCAAGAAAAUGUAUGGUCUCAAGAAAGUAAGGGAAAGAGCUGUGGGUUGGAAAAGGAAGAAUUAAAUCUCUAUAAGCAAAGGAUAACAGUGUGAAGCAAUAGCUAGAAAAUUAGACCUGAGAAGUUGUAUUGUAAUUUUUAUAUCAGAAAAACGAGAAGAAUAGACUAACACUGGUGUGGGAGAAAGGGAAAUGAGAAUGUUAUGGGCGACACAGUGUUGGUUACUGGCGAUUGAAUGAGAGACUUAAAUGUGACACAGUCAGCGUUCUCGGUCGCUGGGGGCAUCGUUUUGAUUAAACUGUCAGCACAUGAUGAGUCUAAAAGAUCGAAACUUCAAGACACAUCAACAUCCCAAGCAGCCCCGCGGUGACCUCAGACAGCAGGCAACCGCUUUGGGAGGCAGACCCCACGCUAAACACACUUUUGUGUCUAUGUCUAGAACGCUGCAAAUUCCUAAACACAGCGGAAUCACAACCGCCACAAACACAUUCAGCUCUCAGGACACUCUCUGUCACAAAGGGACCCAGACUGUAAUAUUCCCAAUAAACAUCCAGCAACCACAGGCAUCCGCAUUCCUACCCUUGAUGGCCUCAGCCUUCUUCAGACCUCUUUCAAUCUAAUCACAGGGCAAGCCCAGCUUUUCUGCACAUGUAAGGUGUGAUAUAAAGGGUCUAACUGCUCGCAUUACUUACAUAGGUCUAAUCUCCUGAGCCGUCAGUCGGGUCUGACAUACGUGAACUACUCCUUUUAGAAGCAACGUUAAUGUUUUCUUGUGACUUCUCUUUCAGUGGUGCCGAUGACCUGUUGGCUCUCUUGGUGUAUAUUUUGCUACGGUAUCGAAUGUCUCACCUGGUGUCUGAAUGUGCCGCGAUAGAAGAUUUUUUAAUGUACGGGUAAGUGUCUGGGACUGUCUCCGACGGCUCAAACACACUGCUAAAGUAAAUGCCAAUUAUAAAAGGGACACAUUAUAGUCACCAAUAUAAAAUUAGGUUAAUGAAGCGGUAUUCAUGUAUAGAUCGUGCUCCUGCAGUCUCACUGCUCAAUUCUCAUUUAAGAGAUAAAUCACGUUUGUUUCUGUUUAUGCAGAUCUAGCCACAUAUCCCCUGGCUGUGUCUCACACCGCCUGCAUGAAGGGGGUGGGGGAACGUUUAGUUUUCAAUCAAAUGUUAACUUACUUUAGAAGUUGUUUUUUGUUUUCUUGUUUUUUUUUUUUUUUUCUUGUCUGUUUUGAUGGUUAUUUUUGCUUCUCUUAUCUAUUGCUUCUAAUUGCUUUUUUUUGUUGGUUUGGACAUUCUUAACUACAGUUCACUGUUCAAUAAAUAAACUCACACUCACCCCCCUCCAGCCACUGCUAUUAAAUGAUUUGUCUUAUUAACCCUGUUGUUUCUCUUUCAGGUACAUACUUGGAGAGGAUGGAUACGGCCUUGUUUCAAUGUACACUGCACUGUCGUACCUGGAGCACUUGCAUAUACGUUUCCCAUUACCUGAGAAUGAAUGAUAAUGCAAUAUGUCUGUUACCACGAACUUUCUACUACUGAUCAGGUGUUGGGACAGGAACCUUGGGUUCCGCAUGUGAAUGUAUUUUUAAUAAGCACUUUAACUGUAAAUAAAUUGGACAUUGCAAUCUGCAGACAUGACUCGUCUGCUUUCAUUACAGCCUGUCUGUGAAGGACCUGCUGUGUGUGUGAUCAGCUAGAGAGCAUAGCUAAUUGUAUCAUUAUGGAAGUUGUAGUCCAGGAGACAUUUACCUAGUGUUAAGGUGUCUUUUUAAUGCUCAGAUUACCAUGUUUUUAUAAGUAAGUGUAUAUACAGGGUGGGGCAAAAUGAUUUUGCAUUUAAAAAUGUUAUUUUAUUUAAUCUUGCAUUAAUAAAUAAAUCUAAAUGUUAAGUGGCUGCUGCCUCGUCCUGUGUGUAUGAGAUGGAUAUAUACAGUAAACUGUAAAUGACAGGCGAAAUAUAAUGAAAUAUAUAUCAAGGUAUACCGCAUUAAUCACCUGGGGCUAAGUACAGUAUGUAAAUGGGAGCCGGAUCACCUGGGGACACCAAGCUAAACACACAAGGCUUGUCUUUUACUUCGUCCCAAGCUUCCCAUGUCUGCUUCCAGUAGCUGCAUGCAGAAAUAACAGCUAUUUGAAGUGUAUAGAUCACAUUCAUUUAUGGAUGAUAUUUUUUCUUGUCUCCAGAAGGAAUCCACCUUAUGGCUUUAUGUAACAUUUGCACCCCAGUCUCUUAUUGAUUUGGUAUUUAUCCUGCUAGACAGCAUGAUUUACUAGUCUUCUACUUGGCUGCAAAAAAGGGUCACCAUGUAAACUCAGCAAAGUAUAGCUACUCAUUUGGAUGUAAACACUAGUACAGAGUAUUGUUUAUGGCAACCAAAAUGUUAUCAUUUAUUUAUACAUUGCCAAAAUAUUCCAUGUCGCAGUAUAAUGGAUGUUCUCCAUCUGGGUUCUAAAAGAUAAAAUGACUUGGUAUAUGACUCCAAUAAAUGAGGGUUUUCCAUUUCUCUAUAAAUAAAACAAAUACGGUGUGUAUAAUAGGAUAAUAAUAUGAUAUAUUAAAGUGUUAAAGUACAAGCGCAAAUUGUUACAAUGUUUUGUUUUGCAAACUGGUUAAUGUAAUACUUUGACCAUGCUAUGUAUAACACUACUUUUGAAAUUAUUUAGUUUAUCUAAAAUUGGAAGGGGAAAAAGGCUAUUAAUUCUGUUUUAAAUAUUUUCUCGACUAAACAAUAAAAAUGCUCCAAUGUUUUAAAUGUAAUUUGGCUUCUUAAUAUCUGCAUCAACUGUGCUAAAAAAAAACAUUUAGUACUGUGUGAAUUGUUGGAAAUGCAAAGAUAAUUUUUAUUUUGGGGGGUAAACUGCAAACAUGACGG